CUCUCUCUCUCUCUCUCUCUCGUACAACUAAAUUAAGGUCUCAAAGGUCCAUUCUAGAUCUAUCAUACGUACAGUCAACAUAUCUAAUAUAUAUGUAGCUAUCUCUCUGGAAAGUAGACUUAUAAGGAGAUGUAUCCUUCCUCCUACAGCAACCAGGACACCUCUUUCUCAAGUAGUAACUACCCAAAGACUUCUUUCAGCAACUUUAAUCUUCAAAAUCAUUCAAAAUUACCCUCUCAAGAUUAUUACAACCCUUCAUCCUCUUCCUCACAGAACUUGAAUGGCCCUCAUUACAUCCCUUUAGAAGACGAACCUGAGAUUUUCCAACAACAGCAGCGACCCUUCUCUAGUGAUCAUAACUAUCACGACACUGUCAUUGUAGCUCAUGAACACUCAACUCGGAAGACUAGUAAUCUGCAGAACACCAUGGAAAAGCCAAGCUACAAUAACGGAAAAUAUGCUACAGCUGCUGGCAACGAUCACCUUAACAGUCAUGUAAUUCUUCAGAAUAACUCUUUAAUGGGAAAGAAAGCUUCCAAGAAAGACCGUCACAGCAAGAUAAACACAGCACAAGGCCCCAGGGACCGAAGGAUGAGAUUGUCUCUUGAUGUUGCGAAGAGGUUCUUCAGGUUGCAAGAUAUGCUUGGGUUCGAUAAGGCCAGCAAUACUGUCGACUGGCUGCUCAUGAAAUCAAAACCCGCUAUUCAAGAUCUACUCCCCCAGCAGUUAGACCGUACUUGCAGUCUCAUUGGUCUAUCAAACAGCGGUUCUUCUGCAUCAGAAUGUGAAGUUAUGUCUGGAAUUGAUGAUCAAUCUAUGGAGAAAAUUAGGGAAGAGAAGGUGAUUAUAGUAGGUAACGCAAAAUCUACUUCCUCUAGCAGUAACAAAGAGAAGAAAAAGGUUGAUAGAGGAGUUAGGAAAAGUGUGUAUAUUCACCACUCUCUUGCUAAAGAAACUAGGGAACAAGCAAGAGCAAGGGCAAGGAAGAGGACAACUGAAAAGAGAAAUAACAAGAUUGGUGUUGGUGGUUCUGGGUCUGAUCAGUAUUCUAAAUUUAGACCAAAUUUCGAUCAGGUGAUGAAUCAAAAUGUAAAUCGAUUAGGGUCUUGGAUUCCCUUUGGAGAAAACCAAGCUCAAACAACUGAUCAAGCGGAAUAUCCAAAUUCCCAUUUUCAAUUUAAGCAAGGGAUUGUUGGUGAUAAGUCGUCAGCGAUGCCAAACAGUUGGAGCCCAUCUUUCUUGUUUAAUUAUCAGCAUAAUCCUGGACCUUCUUAUGAGCAUCAUUUCACUGACUUUCCGAUUCUUGGUAAGCCAUGGGAAAGCAACGAGAAUUAGGCCUCAUGAAGUUGUUGAAGGGUGAGCCAAGUUCUUCCUCUUUGCAAGAUGUUCGGUUUUCUUGUUUCCAAGUCUUUAAUUAGGAUCAGGAAACAUAAUCUUUUGUUGGUAGUUUGCCGGUCUUGGCUUUUAGGAUAGUUCUUACUUUAUAAAUAUUAUAGUUUAGUCAUUCUAAUCAUCCUAAAUCUCUACCGCUAAUCGAUUUUAAUAAUAAUAUAAGUGUAAUGUCUUGUGGUUCUUUUCCUUAAGAACUUCCAUACUAACUUAUAUGCUCUUGGUUGUUCUA